AAACUGCAUAUUCGCAAAGCUUCUUUAAACCUUUAAACACCAACUGAACAACUGAACUCGAUCAAUUCACCCUUCAACCUCAACCUUAAGAUUUUCACCUUUAGCGUACCUUUGAUUACCAAUUCCACUAUACGAUUGUUACUUUUCACUACUUCAACAUGGCAGACGACUCGCCUCCAGGAUCUCCCCUCUCAGAUCUUUCCUCAGACGCAUUCGAGAUUGACGAAGAGAACGAACGGAUGGCUGCAGAAACUCAUAUGCCGCCCGCGAAAAGACAAAAGACGGGUAGUGAUGAAUCUUUACGCAUCGCUCACACAUCUCGCAAUAUUAAAAUGGAGGGAACAGAUGGUUAUUGUUCUAGUGAUACAGAAGGAGACAUCCCGGAUUCCCCAGGCAUUAUUCAACGACCGGAGGAUGCUCUAGAUGAUUUACAUGAACAGAUUACAAUUUGCGCAUGGCUUGGAUGUACUAGAGGAGAUUUGGGAGAUAUGGAUCAGCUAGUCGAUCAUUUACAUCAUGAUCACAUCGAUUCGAGACCCAAGAAAUAUACAUGCGAGUGGUUGGCUUGUCCAAGGAAAAGCCAACCUCAAGCAAGUGCUUAUGCUUUGAAGGCACAUAUGAGAAGUCAUACCGGAGAAAAGCCAUUCUAUUGCGCGUUGCCUGGUUUGUUCUCUAUAAGUGAAUGUUUAAAUCAAAGCUAACAAGUUUACUAGAAUGCGAUCGCGCUUUUACACGUUCUGAUGCUCUCGCCAAACACAUGCGAACAGUUCAUGAAACUGAAGCUCUUCGUCCUUCCGAUCCUAUUCCAAAACAUAUACAUGACAUUUCAAAACCAGGCCACGGUCAACUCAAAGUCGUCAUGAAGCCAUUUCCUGAUGCAAAUCCUGUCGCAGGAGCACAGAUAUCACCUUUAGUUGAUCCUUCGUCAUUGGCGACAUCAUAUCCUCCUGAACUAGGAAUUACCUUGGACGAAGAAGCAAAGGGACCAGUUGAGCUUUGGAAAGUACUACGUAAGCAAAUAAAAUGGGCAGAGGAAGAAGGCGAGGCAUUAAGGAAACAGUGCGAAUUUAUGGAAGAGUUGAGGAAAAGAGAAUGGAUGGAGAAGGAAGUUUUACUUGAUAGUGCCAUCGCAAAAGAUUUGGAAUGGCAUGAGAAAAGAAAGGAGAUGUUGGCUGGCCUUGCGAAGAUUCCAAUGCCAAUGGGGGAAGAGCACUCCGCCAUGGACGAGGGCUCAAUUUCACCAAGUAUCCGCGGACUUAAUUUUACACCAAAUAGGGCUAUGUCUCCAAAUGGCGGCACUCCUUUCUCACCUAGAGAUUUGACACCUUUAGAGCAAAGCCAAGGACCUGUCGAGGCAGAUGCGGCUGAGGUUUUGGCGUCUAUGGCUCAUGCUUAAAUACAGCAUGGGGGGGAAAGCAGUGGGAGGAAAAGCGAAUACCAAACUGAUCUGCAUAUCCAAUUUUUGACAGGAUAUUAGGUAAUGAGUACUAGGAGUAAAAAGGCUACAAAAUAUCACGAAUUAACGGAUAUUAAUUCGGGGAAUUGGAAUGGAAAUUAUGGCAAGCAUGGCGUUUUUUGGAGAGAUGUAAUGGGAAAGCAGGGGAUCUGCUCCUGUGUGGAAUGAUAGUUUACUAGAAUACUAAAAUCCUAGGACG